AUGGCUGGCCGCCCACCUCCUUCCAACGUGGAUGCAAUGUUCAGCCUGAAGGUGGACAACAUUACCAGUGACAUGACCGAAGACAUGAUGCGGGAUCUCUUCAAAGACUUUGGCGAGAUUGGCGACAUCUACAUGCCCCGCGAUCGCAACACGAACCGCUCGCGUGGUUUUUGCUUUGUGCGCUUUUACGAAGAAGCAGAUGCCGACAAAGCAGCCGAAAAGAUGGACGGCCAUGCCUUUGAAGGCCGCGAUCUGAUUGUACAAAAGGCCAAGUUUGGCCGACCCCAGCGGGAACGCCGUGGUCGCAUGGACUACCGUCCACGCUACGAUGACUACGACCGCCGCCCCCGCUACGACGAUCGCCCCCGCUACGAUGACUACGAUCGCCGCCCCCGCUAUGAUGAUCGCCCCCGCUACGACGACCGUCCUCGCUAUGAGGACCGCCCUCGCUACGACGAUCGCCCCCGCUAUGAGGACCGCCCCCGUUACGAUGACCGUCCCCGCUAUGAUGAACGUGCCGACGAUCGGGCACCACGUGGUGGGGAUCGCUCUCCGCGCGGUGAUGACCGCGCUCCUCCUGCACGCGACCACGGCAGCCCCUCGAGGGACUACCCACGCGAUGAUCGGUGA